CGUCAGAGAUUAAUGACCAAUCCCUACGCAGAGCGCCAAGUUUCUCACAGCGGAGUAAACAUGGCGGCGAAGAACGAAGACAUUGGAUUCAAAAAGGACACAGUAAGCAAACUCUUGUCAAGCUUCUUUAAGGAGGAGAAAACCAGACUGAGUGGGGAUGCUGCGCUGCUCGUGGCAGAGAUGCUCAGAAUAUUUGUCCGAGAGGCUGCUGUGAGAUCACAGAAACAAGCUGCUUCUGAGGACUGUGACCAAGUGGACAUCGAGCACUUUGAAAAGAUCCUGCCUCAGCUGCUGAUGGACUUCUAGCACGGUGAUGCCACAAGAUGGAGCCAGAGUGUUGCCUGCUUGUUCCUGUUUAAAUCCAACAACUUCAAUUCAACAUGUUUAUUUUUCUUUGUACGACUGCAAUUUCAUAAUCACUCAAAUCUGAGAUUACAUCAAGAUUUUCGUUCUAUAUGUAUUUGAGUCGAGUGAUUUUACAUAGAAAGCAGCGUGUACUGUGCACACCCUUUCAUGCCACCACCAAUAAGGCCCACCUGUGCUCCUCUGCAACAACAGGUGCUUCCAGCAUGCUCCAUAGUGCCCUUCAUCAAAGCCUCCUGGAGCAGUUGGAAGCAAUUAGAGUAAUAAGGGGAGCAGCCAGUCCCUUAGAUGAUGACAAGUGCCAGGAAAAAAGGAGUACCCCCUCCGGCCACUUUGAAGUUCCCUUUUGCUGUCCUGCGAUGUUUAGUUAGAGGUGGGGGGAAGGGCAAAGGGGACCUCUGGCACAGGGGGAAAGUUGAAUGGGAGUGUGCGUGCACGAAUGUGUGCGUGCUAGCUAAACAUGGCCAGAGACCACACGCAUAGAUAUUCUGUUUGAAAGGAAACAUAACAAAACACAUUGGAACAUGGUCCAAGAGGAGCAGGGUGUAAUUCUGAAGGUAAAUAAACAAAGAGGCGAGUAGUAGAGGUGCUUUCUCUCCUUUCACCACAGCAGAGGGGGGAGUCAGGCCUACAAGGGAGAGGGUAAUGUGGGCUUUUCUAACCCAAGGGCCUCAGAUGGUUUUCCACCCGUGGUGUAUUUGACCAACAUGUCUCCACUAUGAGUCAGCAUAGCUGUACAACACCUCACACUAUUUAUUUGUGUGUCUCUUGAGUGAGUCACUACGCUUACAAACAUGGCUCACAUACAGCUGGAAGCAACUCCGGCUAAAUUCAAGAGUCCAGGCUCCGAUAGGUGCUCAAGGACACAGCACCUGGAGUUUGACCCAGCACCUUUUUUAGUAGGGCCCAGACUGGAUUUGUGUUUCCCAGGAGAAACUUCCACAGCAGGCCUUCAUGAAGGUGUGUUAGGCCGAGUUAAGUUUAUUUUAAUGAUGCCAUGAGCGCAAAAAAAACAGUAAAGAAAUAAUUUGUUGGGUUUAUAACUAGUCAUUCACAGCGGCAGGUACAGUUUGGUGCAAUAUACAAAUGCAGAUCCACCGCUUUGACAACACGCUAACCCAGAUGACUAUUUAUUAUGAAGUAUGACACCAAAUGAUCUUACUGGAACUGCAUUUCCACUUAACCACAGUAAGCAAUACGUGUAAAAGAUGUGUCUCGCUAUAAAGCCUUUCUGGAGCAUUUUAGAGAUGAAAUAUAAAUAUCAAUCCUUGUAGAUUAAAUAAAAACAGUGAUUCUGUUGGAUCUACGGCUCGGAAAAACAUCUAUUUCAUUUUGAUUUCCUGAUAUGAGAAUAAAUAUCCUCUUACAUUUGGAUAUAUUCAUAAAGCAUAGUAAAUGGAUGUAAUUUUCAGAUUUUUCUAGACUGUUAUUUGCUUUUACCAACUCAGCCAUUAUAUCCACAUAACUAAUGACUAUGAAAAACGUAAUCAUUUGAAUAUUUUGUGAAAGCACCAACAGUAAACCUUCCAAUAUUGUUGCAAUAUUAAAAUUGAAGUAUUUGAUGAGAAA